GUGUUGAAGGUUGCUUGGACAGAGGUCCUCCAAACUACGGCAAGAGAUCUCCAACCAAGAGGUUCUACUACGUAGGAGAAAAGGUGACAUACUCGUGCGACGAAGGCUACACACUCAAGUCUGGUUACACUAAGGAUUUUCUGCAUAUUUUACGGAAUUUAUACACAAAAACACACCCUUCUGCAGUAAACCACAAGCAAAGGCUGCAAGAGGAUCUGCUAAACAUUUCCAGUGCAAGUCUGCCACCUGAGAAUGUCAUCAUCAACUUCACUGGAUCUGUGGUACAGCUUGUUGUCUUGGAUGAAAAGAAGGAGCAACUAACUGCAUCUGUUGUCAUCGAUUUCACAUGGCAGGACAGCCGACUGAGUUGGGAUCCGAAGUACUACGAUGACGUCACCAAGCUUAGCGUUCGAGGCAACGACAUUUGGAUACCGACAUUGAAUCUGAAAAGAAAUGCCGAUCCGGUCUACAAAGGCCUACAGAAGGAUGUGCCGGUCCGAGUGAGCAGCGAUGGUCGGGUGGAAUGGAGUGUAGAAACCCUGACCACCACCGUGUGUGAUGCAGACCCCUUCUUCUUUCCUGCAGACACCAUGGAAUGCGACAUCUGCUUUUCUGCAACUGCAGCUAUCGCACAAACCAUCGAAUGCCAAGUGGAAAUGCCUGUCGUCGACAUGGGAAUCACUGCGUGCAACUCUUACUCUACUGCAACAUCGGCGGGUGAAUGGUACCGAAAGGAUAAGAUCUUCGCCAAAGACAACAGUACAAGUGAAGCGUGCCUUGCUGUUCAUCUGUCGAGGAUCCCGCUGUUCCACAUCGCCACUACUGUAGGACCCUGCAUCAUCCUGGUGGUACUGAUGAACAUCACAUUCAUCAUGCCCUUAGACAGGGGUGACCGGAUCGCGUUUGGAGUGACCAUUCUACUCUCCAUGGUCGUGUCUCUCGUGUUUGUGACAAACGUACUUCCUGUCAAGGGGGCAUUGCCUCUUUUCGCUACGCUGAUCAUCUUGUGGAUGGGGCUGAUGGGAUUAUUCCUGUUCUUCACUCUGGCCAUCAUCGUCAUUCACGACCGGCAGGGCAGCCUGUCUCCCCGGGCGAAGAUUAUUUUCCUCCGCUACAUUUCAAAGAUGUUGCUGCUGGGAGAUCUAACAAAGGAGAAGCGUACAGGUGACGGAGAGGCUGGUUUGCCUCAGCUGUCUGACAUAGAGAUAACCAACCACGCCUUUCAAACUGAUGAUAUGGCGGCCGUCUACGAAGGAAAAAGGAGCACCGGGCAGCCAUCAACGCCUCCCACAGCUACAGGGCUGGAGACCACCGGUUCUUCCGGUCUACCUGAGCUGAUCUCGUGUGUGAAGGAGAUGACCAACCAAACAAAGGAAAUGACCACGGUUAUGAAGACCGAGAUGGGAGGGCUUAGAAAGGAGCUGGGAGAGUUGACCAAGGCCAUGAACAACGAGGAGGAGGUGUCUGACUACACCCUGCUGGCUAAGGUCCUGGACAGGCUCAAUCUGGUCAUGUACAUCAUCAGCAUCGUGAUUACAAUUCCUAUGACCAUGUAUUUGGGCAAGUAA